AUGAAGCAAACAUUCGCUAUAAUUGUGGCACUUGUUGCCUUAACCGGGCACGUGUGCGUUGGACUUGGAGUUGCAGUCAGUUUACCUGCGGUUACUGUCGCACCGGUGACUGUUCCCCCGGUUACCGUUGGACCUAUCGCCGUGACUGUGGCACCUGUUACUGUUCCGCCGGUUACUGUACCUACCGUGGCUGUUACGGUUCCAGUGACAGUUCCAUCAGUGACCAUACCUGCAGUUACGCUUCCCGUCACCAUUCCAUCAGUGACCAUACCUGCUGUAACGCUUCCCGUCACAAUUCCAUCGAUUGCUGUGACGGUACCAACUCUGGCCGUUACUGUUCCUACAAUAGCAGUUACAGUGCCUACCCUCCCCGUGACAGUGCCUUCCGUUAUACCUAUACUAGCAACAGUGGCCACUACAACGACUGCAGCCCCAACAACAACGACUGCAGCCCCAACAACAACGACUACGGCGGCGUCUGCCAGUACUGUGGUCUUCAAUAUUGGUGGCAGCAUUCUAACAGUUGCUGCUUCGGAUGUAGCAACAAUUCAGGCUAUAAUUCAAGCUCUACAAGCCACUGCAACAACAACUACCGUUGCUGCAACAACUACGACAACUGCUAGCCCAACAACAACGACUACGGUUGCGGCCACUACAACCACUGCUGCCACCACAACGACAGCUGCUGCAACAACUACAACAACCGCGGCCGCAGCAACAACAACAACGACCACAGCAGCACCUACAACGACUACUGCAGCUUCUAUUUCGAUAUCUAUUACGAUUAACUAUAACGGGUCGUCCGUAAUAAUCGUAGCCAACAAUAGUUCCCUACUGACGUUGCUUACUCAGUUGUUGAAUCAACUGUCCUCGUCCACGACAACAACAAGCGCUGCAACAUCGACGACGACCAUUGCUGUGACGACUACUACAACCGGACGUCCGGGUGGUUGCCAUAGGCAUCAUCAUAGUCACGAGCUAUUCGGUUUAGGUUUCGGUGGAAGAAUCGGUAUCGGUGGACCUGGCGGCGUCCUCGGUAUUGGUGGAGGAAUUCGUAUCGGAAGACCACCGAUCUCACCGAUCGCACCGCUAGCUGCGCCCGCUCCGGUUGUUAAUCCUAUUGGACUCGUUGUCAGACCGGUGCUGGGUGCUGCCGGACAAAUUGUGAAUGGAAUAGGAGCAGGUAUUGGCAAUAUUGUAGGUGGCGUUGCAAAUGCUGCUGUCGGUGCCUUGCGUGGUGUAGGUGCGGGACUUUCUGCAGGAGUAGGACUGAAUGCUGGUGCUGGCAUAGGUGGAGGCCUUGGUCUAGGCAUCAGAGGUACAAUCACUGUCGCGUCAACCGAUAUUAGCACAAUUUUGGCAAUAGUGGCAGCACUGCAGACGACAACCACCACAGUCGCCGGUGCAACCACGACAACUGUUGCAGCAACUACGACAACUGUUGCAGCAACUACGACAACCGUUGCACCAACCACUACAACAACGGCUGCACCAACAACGACCACAACUACAGCAGCGCCAACAACAACAACGACCACUGCUGCUCCAACAACUACCACGACCACUGCUGCUCCAACAACUACCACGACCACUGCUGCUCCAACAACGACGACAACUACAGCAGCGCCAACCACUACUACAACUACGGCUGCUCCAACAACGACCACAACUACAGCAGCGCCAACCACUACUACAACCACGGCUGCUCCAACAACGACCACUACAACGGCUGCGGCGACGACUACUACAACUGUAGCUGCUACUACCACGACAGUGGCUCCUAUUACCGUAACUGUCACCGUCAACGGAGCUACUGUUUCUGUAUCAUCUACCAAUAAUUCUUUGGUGAAUGUAGUACUUCAACUGAUCUCGAGUUUGACAGCAACAACCACUACGACCGCAGCCCCAACGACUACCACAACGGCGGCGACUACUACUACUACUACUACUGCUGCAGCAACGACCGCAGCUACUACGACGACUGUCGCUGCAACGACAACUACCACCGCUGCUCCAACAACCACAACGACUACAGCAGCCACUACUACGACCACUACUACCGUAGCUCCAACUACCACGACCACUACCGUUGCACCGACCACAAGCACAACGACUACCGCUGCCACAACGACCACUACCAGGAGAUCGUGCGGUACGCAUUUGGGAGGAGGUGUCGGUAUUGUCGGUGGGCUUGGUCCGCUUGGCUUUGGAUUGGGCGUUCGAGGUGGAAUUGGCGGCUUUGGACACCCACAUGUCGGAGGGUUCGGAAUCCUGCCCGCUGUUGGUAACGUUGCCCGUACCCUUGUUGGCACUGGAUUGAACGUGGUUGGAUCUGCAGCUAAUCUGGCUGGAAAUGUAGUUGGUGCAGUUGGUAACGUAGCGGGCGGAUUGCUGAGUGGAUUGAGCAAUGCUGCUACUGGAAUCAGCAGUGGUUUAAAUGCAGGAGUGAACGCUGGAUUAAGCGCAGGAGUGAACACAGGAAUAGGAUUAAACUCGGGAUUGAGCGCUGGUUUAAGCGCCAGAGUGGGAGGUGGUUUCGGAGGACAUCAUGGAAACCGCUUUGGAGGAAGCUUUGGCGGUGGAAUCCGCGCCGGUCUAUUGGGUUAA